UUCAUUUUCAGUAUUGUUGAUGUCUGAACCUAUCUCUGAUAGUAUCGGAGCUAGCAGGCUGAUGCCGAAUAAUUAAUUAUAGUAAUUGAGACCAAUGUCGAUUAUUUAAUCGUGUGAUUAAUAUCUAUGAAGGUAGCAUCUAUUCAAGAAUAGUUUGAAUUGAGAGGAACUUAUAUAUACUAACAGUUACAAUGUGAGUGAACUGCUACUGGCAAAAUGUUUUCAAGAAUAUUUUCAUGUUAUCCAAAACUAAACUAUAGCAACUGGAAAGAACUCAAAAGAAAUGUAUAUCAACAUUAUUCAACAAAUCGUUUAACAGUCAAGUUUUUUGGAAACCAGAAUGAAAGUACCUCACAACUGCCAAAAACAAAACAGCUUGUAGACAGUUCAAAAUUUAAUAUUGAAAAGUUGUUGGGGGACAUUGAUAAGCAACAAGACAUUGAAAAGCUUUACCAAGGACUUAUAUCUAAGGAACGGGCUAGUCUUGCAAAAGCCAUUACCUUAGUGGAAUCCACCAAUCCAGCCAAACAAAAGCAAGCACAGUUUCUGUUGACCAAAGUACUAAGACACAUCAAAGAGUUAAGCCAACAUUCACUUUUAGGACCAGGCUCAUUUAGGAUAGGCUUGUCUGGGCCACCUGGAGCUGGUAAAAGUACGUUUAUAGAAGUGUUUGGGAAAUUCCUCACAAGUUUAGGCCACAAAGUAGCUGUUUUAGCUGUUGAUCCAUCAUCCUCUACAUCAGGAGGUUCAUUACUGGGAGACAAAACAAGAAUGCCAGAGCUCUCACGCGACAUGUCAGCUUAUAUUCGACCUUCACCUUCAAGUGGCACACUUGGCGGGGUUACCAGAACAACCAAUGAAGCAAUAGUUCUAUGUGAGGGUGGUGGCUAUGAUAUUAUUCUUGUGGAGACUGUUGGAGUGGGUCAGUCAGAAUUUGCAGUAGCUGAUAUGGUAGAUCUAUUUUGUCUGCUCAUUCCACCAGCUGGUGGAGAUGAAUUACAAGGUAUCAAAAAAGGCAUUGUAGAAGUGGCAGAUAUUGUCAUUGUUAACAAAAGUGAUGGUGACUUGUUGCCUGCAGCUCGGAGAAUUCAGUCUGAAUACAGUAGUGCUCUUAGGUUCAUGAGGCCUCGUUCAAAAGUUUGGAGGCCAAAGGUGACCAAAGUUUCUUCUCUUGAGAAAACUGGAAUCUCUGAACUGUGGGAGAUGCAGCAAGAUUUUAAGCAGGCCACUUUUUCUGCAGGGGAGCUCACACGGCGCAGGGAGAAACAGCUUAAAUUAUGGCUAUGGAAUCAUAUAAAAGAUCAUAUAAUGGGAAAAUUUGAGAAUCAUUCUAGUGUAAAACAUUUACUACCACAAAUGGAGGAUUUAGUUAUUAAUGGCCAUGUUACACCAGGUUUAGCUGCAGAUUAUAUGAUGAAACAGUUUAUAAUGCAAGAUGGUUUAGAAAACAAUUCCUAGCAAGUUCAUUUAUUAUAAUUAUGUAAACAGAAUUAUAAUUAUGCAUUGAUUCCAAAUAUUCUAAAAAUUAAAUCCAAGAUACUUUACACUGUUAUAAAUAUAUUGUAAGUGAUUUUAAAAAACUCUGAGUGAUUUUAUGAAUACUCACUAUUUUGUUCGUAAUUACAUUUAAAUUUAAAUUGAAAAACCAUAACUAUACAUUAUCACCUCACCUCAGAACACACAAUG